UCAGUUUCUGUUGCCAUGUAAUGGUAUAUGUUGACUAUUUGCGUGGGUUUGGCACUUCCCUUCACAACCUCGUAUUCUGGUAUUUGAAUCGAUUAUGGCUGCACGCAUUUUGGGGACAAUUACCUCAUCAACUAUCUAAGAAUCAAUCAAAAUGGCACGCUUAAUCACAUUCUACAGCCUAGGUUUUAUCAUGGAUUUGUCAGAAGCUGAUGCUACUGAUUCGAACGCGUGCGGUUAGCGACCGUCGUAUCUUCUUAUACUGUCCAAAUUAAUCAUUUGCAGCCACGCCACGCCUGCUCGCGACCCCCGCUCGAUUGAAAUGUGGAGAUGCACCCGCCACGGCCACCCCAGUGGCAGUCGCGCCGCCGUCGCCCGUUCCUCCGUCCUGGCCAUCCAUUCGCUGCCCUCCGCCGAGCUCAGCAGCGCCUCCGCCGCCCUCGAUCUCGACUCCUACAAGGUGACUCCACCCAUCAGGCCCUGGCCGAAGCGCCUCUACCCGAAGCGCCUGGUGUCCAUGAUCACCCGCCAGCAGAACCUCGACCUCGCCCUCCAAAUCUUCGAUCAUGCUGGCAAAUACCACCCGGGCUUCUCCCACAAUUACGACACCUAUCUCUCCAUCAUCCAACGCCUCUCUCGCGCCCGCGCCUUCGAGCCCAUGGAAUCUCUUCUCUCUCGCCUCCGAGCCUCCCGCGUCCCCUGCGGCGAGAACGUCUUCGUCUUCGUCAUCCGCAGUUACGGCCUCGCGGGCAAGCCCAGAUUGGCCCUCCGCACGUUCUUGGGCAUCGACGGUUUUGGCGUCCAGCGUUCCGUCAGAUCUUUGAACACUCUGCUCAACGCUCUGGUCCAAAACAAGCGCUUCGAUCUGGUCCACACGAUUUUCAAGAACUCCAAGACCAAAUUCGGGGUCGUCCCCAACGUGUUCACCUGCAACAUUAUUCUCAAGGCGCUCUGCAGGAAGAACGAUGUGGAGGGCGCGCUCAAGGUGUUAGACGAAAUGCCCUCCAUGGGUAUGAUUCCUAAUGUGGUCACUUACACCACCAUUCUGGGUGGGUAUGUGUCUCGCGGAGAUAUGGUAGGUGCUAAGAGGGUGUUCUCCGAGAUUCUGGACCGGGGGUGGCUGCCGGAUGCCACUACCUACACCAUUUUGAUGGAUGGGUAUUGUAAGUUGGGGAGGUUGGUCGAUGCCAUUAAGGUUAUGGAUGAUAUGGAGGAAAAUGGAGUUGAGCCCAACGAUGUGACUUAUGGGGUUAUGAUCGAAGCCUACUGCAAGGAGAAGAAGUCCGGCGAAGCGCGCAACUUGCUCGAGGAUAUGCUCGAGAAGAAGUAUGUGCCGAGCUCGGUGCUUUGCUGUAGAGUAAUCGAUGUUUUGUGCGAGCAAGGGAAGGUGGACGAUGCCGGUGAACUAUGGAAGAGGCUUUUGCACAAGAACUGUAUGCCAGAUAAUGUCAUAUCGAGCACGCUUAUAUAUUGGCUCUGUAAGGAAGGGAAGAUUUGGGAGGCCAAGAAGCUCUUUGACGAAUUUGAGAAAGGAUCUAUUCCCAGUGUGUUGACAUAUAACACACUUAUUGCCGGAAUGUGUGAGAGAAGCGAGCUGUGCGAGGCGGGGAAACUCUGGGAUGACAUGGUGGAGAAAGGGCAUGUUCCAAAUGCUUUUUCGUAUAACAUGUUAAUCAAAGGGUUCUGUGAGUUGGGUAAUGUGGACGAAGGCGUAAGAGUUUUCGAGGAGAUGGUGGAGAAAAAUUGCAUGCCGAAUCAAUCCACUUACCAUAUAUUGAUUGAGAGUCUCUAUAAUAUUGGAAGAGAAGAAGAAAUCUCCAGGAUUCUGUCGACCGCCAUUUCUUGUCAGGCACUUGAUAGUGAUUCUUGGGAGUUUUUGGUAGCAAAGUGUAUCAGUAAUUUGGACAAGGGAGAAGGGCAUCUUGAGAGACUGAUGUCGGAGAUUUCUACUUUUUGAUAUCAGUCAAUACAGAUCACUAUCAAGAAUUUGAGUACCAGGAUUCACGUCUCAACUGUCCGACGUCGUUGCUUCCUUAUGCAAUGAGAAAACCAUGAUGCUAAGGAGAAGAAAAUUUAGGUUUGAUUGCUCAAGCUGCUUGCUUCCAGUUACUGCGUUGCAACUGGGACACAUGGACAGGACCUGGGUUAAGCUUUGUAGGACUCUAUAGACUACCCAGCUUGCAGAGUGAUUUCAUUGUAAUUCAGAAAUAAAGGUUCCCAGUUGGGGUUCUUGGGCUGCAUAUUUGGAGUGAUUGCCCAGACUUGCCAUGGUGCCUUACUCUAUGACUGAUGAAGACAUUGUGAAGUGGUUGCCUCAAAUUUAUGGCGGCAGGAAUCAUAUGCUCGCUCACUCAUAAAGAGACUCACAUUAGUCUUCUCACCUUUGAUAGAUGUAAAUGUUUGUAAGACAACACACCUGAUUUAUUUAGAUCAAGUUUUUUGUU